AUGAAGAAACACGAGGAUAAGGAGAAUAUACCAACGGGUUCUGAGCCCUCGGGGUCAAUAGUUCCAAGAACACCGAUGCAUCAAUUAAAAAGAUCUACUUCUAACGUGCACCUUAAAAACAAUAGUAGGUUGCCGUUAGCGUCUAAAGAUAGGAAUCGGUCCCAAAGUGGGUUUAAUUUAAAGCAGCAAUUGGUGCAGGGACAUGUCGGCGGUGGGGUUAUGGUAGGUCAGAAUAAGUCGAAGAGGCCCGCGUCAAAUAGUUUUGUGAAGAAUAUGCCAGAUAGCAAGCUUAAGAAGUAUGGCAGCGUUUUAGGGGUAAAUUAUCCGCAUUUGACGAAAACGAAAUCACUUGUGCUGAAGGAUGCCAGUGAUGGUUCCCAGGAUAAUGGUGAAGAAUCUGAUGAUUAUGAUGAUGAGGAAGGUAAUCCACUUGCUGCAAAACUGCGGAGUAGGCUUACCUCAGGAGUGGAAGAUGAGAAUGAGGAUGAUGGGAGUAGUGGCUUGUUACUUGGCGGUGGGCUAAAAAAACUUAUAAAACUGCAUGAAUCAGAUAAUCAAGACACUGAAGAGGUGCCUCAAAUCGAGACGGCGCCUGAGAAAGUUCCUGAACUUGAACAUAUUCCAAAUGGUUACGAACAGUUUGAAGAUGAAGAAAUUGUUAAGUUAGCUACAUAUACAUCCCCAUUUCUAAGGUUCGCCGAUAGAGAAGAAGAUGACAGCGACAGCACUGAGGGGGAAAGACUACUCAUCCCACUAGAUUUUGGUGGCAUUGACGAAUCUCCAUCCAAAAAACAGGAAUUAAUGGCUACACAAGAAAAUAUUAUUGCAAAUAAAACUAUUGUCGAUGAAUUGGGAACACAAGCAGAUGAGAUCCAAUUUAGUUUUGACAUUGGGAAGGGUUUAAGUUCUAAUGAAUUGCAAUCUUUGUUGGACUAA